AUGGACUUCACUCGCUACAACCAAGCCGAACAGGCUCAGAUCGCCGCCAUGAUUGAGCACAAGCAGAUGAAGGAUUUCGUCAGACUCUACACCAACCUUGUUCAACGUUGCUUUGAAGACUGUGCUGAGGAUUUCACCACCAAGAGCGUCACCGGCAAGGAGGAAACUUGUAUCAACAAGUGUGCUGACAAGUUCUUGAAGCACUCUGAACGCGUUGGCGCACGCUUUGCCGAGCUUAGCCAGCAGAUGACUCCUCCUGGUUCCAAGUAA